AUGGCACCCCAACCGAAAUCCGCGGUCAAUGUCGUCUUCGGCGCCAUGACCAUUGGCAACGGCGCAGAGCAAUCGCGGGUCAGCGACCUUGGUGAAGCGAAGCAGAUCCUCGACAUUUUUCAGUCCUACGGCCAUAAUGAAGUUGACACAUCGCGAUACUACGGUAGUGGCUCCUCCGAAGAAUACCUGGGCAAGCUCAAUUGGCAAGAGAGGGGCAUUGUGAUGGACACCAAGUUCUACCCGACUGUUGGGCGAGGCAUGGAUAAAGAGCAAUGGACACACAGACCAGAGCAUUUGAGGGAGAAUCUGCAGAGGUCCCUCAAGGCGCUGAAUGCGAAGAAGGUCGAUAUGUGGUACCUGCACGGACCGGACAGGACGACUCCCUUACAUCGACACCCUGCGAGAAGUCAAUGA